AUGGGGAUCCCUGAGCAGCUGCUGAUGGCAUCCUUAGCCAUGCUCUCUUUUUCAGCUUGGAUUCCAGCCCAGGGCUCUCCUACCAUCUUUGGACCUAUCUUUGAGGACCAGCCUGUCAGUUCCUUGUUCCCUGAGGAGUCAUCAGAAGAGAAGAUAGCACUGGCCUGCCGCGCCCGGGCAAGCCCUCCAGCUACAUACAGGUGGAAGAUGAAUGGGACUGAGAUGAAGCUGGAGCAGGAUCCCCACUACCAGCUGGUCGGAGGCAAUCUGGUCAUCAUGAACCCCACCAAAGCCAAGGACGCUGGUGUGUACCAGUGCCUGGCCUCCAACCCAGUAGGCACAGUGGUCAGCAGAGAAGCUGUGCUCCGCUUUGGCUUUUUGCAGGAAUUCUCCAAGGAAGAAAGAGAUCCUGUGAAAACCCAUGAGGGCUGGGGAGUGAUGUUGCCCUGCAAUCCACCUGCCCACUACCCAGGUCUGUCCUACCGCUGGCUUCUCAAUGAAUUCCCCAAUUUCAUCCCAACUGACGGGCGGCACUUUGUGUCCCAGACAACGGGAAACCUGUACAUCGCCAGGACAAAUGCCUCUGACCUGGGCAACUACUCCUGCCUGGCCACCAGCCACAUGGACUUCAUAACCAAGAGUGUCUUUAGCAAGUUUGCCCAACUCAACCUGGCUGCAGAAGACGCCCGUCCAUCUCCACCCAGCAUCAAGGCCAGAUUCCCCUUGGAGACCUAUGCACUGGUUGGACAGCAGGUCACCCUGGAGUGCUUUGCUUUUGGGAACCCUGUCCCUCGAAUCAAAUGGAGAAAAAUGGAUGACUCAUUGCCCCCACAAUGGGCCACUGCUGAGCCCACACUGCAGAUCCCCAGCAUCAGCUUUGAGGAUGAGGGCACCUACGAGUGUGAAGCAGAGAACAUCAAAGGACGGGACAUUGCCAAGGGCCGAAUCAUCGUGCAGGCUAAACCCGAGUGGCUCAAGGUAAUCUCAGACAGUGAGGCUGACAUUGGCUCCAAUCUGCACUGGGGCUGUGCAGCUGCUGGCAAGCCAAGGCCCAUAGUUCGGUGGCUCCGGAAUGGGGAUCCCCUGCUCUCCCAGAACCGUGUGGAGAUUUCUGGUGGGGACCUGAAAUUCUCCAAGCUGGUCCUGGAAGAUUCUGGCAUGUACCAGUGUGUGGCAGAAAACAAGCAUGGUACCAUCUAUGCCAGUGCAGAACUGGCAGUACAAGCUUUUGCUCCCGAUUUCCGGCUAAAUCCAGUAAAGCGUCUGAUCCCAGCUGCUCGAGGAGGAGAAGUCAUCAUUCCAUGCCAGCCCAGGUCAGCUCCAAAGUCCAUUGUGCUCUGGAGCAAAGGGACUGAAAUCUUGGUCAACAGUAGCAGAGUGACCAUUACCCCAGAUGGUACUUUGAUCCUUCGGAACAUCAGUCGGUCAGAUGAAGGGAAAUACACCUGCUUUGCAGAGAACUUCAUGGGCAAAGCCAACAGCACUGGCAUCCUCUCUGUCCGAGAUGCCACCAAGAUCACCUUGGCACCAUCCAGCGCUGACAUCAAUCUGGGUGAGAACCUGACUCUGCAGUGCCAUGCCUCCCACGACCCUACAAUGGACCUCACCUUCACCUGGUCCCUAGACGGCUUCCCCAUUGACUUUGAUAAGUCUGGUGGUCACUACCGGAGAGCCAACUUGAAGGAAACAAUUGGAGACCUGACAAUUCUGAAUGCCCAACUGCGCCAUGGAGGGAAGUAUACAUGUAUGGCCCAGACUGUGGUAGACAGCACAUCAGAGACAGCCACCCUCCUAGUCCGAGGCCCCCCAGGUCCUCCUGGUGGAGUGGUGGUGAGGGACAUCAGCAACACCACGGUGCAGCUCACUUGGAGCCGGGGCUUUGACAACCACAGCCCUAUCGCCAGGUAUAUCCUCCAAGCCCGAUCCCUGCCUGAUGGGAAGUGGAAACAAGUCCGAACCAAUCCUGCUAAUAUUGAGGGAAAUGCAGAGACUGCCCAGGUGCUGGGCCUCACGCCCUGGAUGGACUAUGAAUUCCGGGUCCUUGCUAGCAACAUCCUAGGCACAGGGGAACCCAGUGGACCUUCUAGUAAAAUCCGGACCAAGGAAUCAGCCCCCACAAUAGCACCCUCAGGACUCAGUGGAGGAGGCGGCGCCCCUGGUGAACUCAUUAUUAACUGGAAGCCCAUGCUGCGAGAAUACCAGAAUGGAGAAGGCUUCGGCUACAUACUGUCCUUCCGCAGACAGGGCAGCUCAGACUGGCAGAGGGCCAAGGUCUCCCAGGCUGAUGCCCUGCACUUUGUUUACCGUAAUGAAAGUGUCCGGCCUUACACCCCCUUUGAAGUCAAGAUCCGGGGAUAUAACCGCCAAGGAGAGGGGCCCGAGAGCCUCACCACCCUAGUCUACUCUGCUGAGGAAGAGCCCAGGGUGGCCCCAGCCAAAGUCAAAGCCAAGGGGACUUUGUCCUCAGAGAUGAAUGUGAUGUGGGAGCCAGUACAUCAGGACGACAUGAAUGGGAUCCUCCUGGGGUAUGAGAUUCGCUACUGGAAAGACGGGGAUAAAGAGGCAGCAGCAGACCGAGUGAGGACAGCAGGAUUGGAUACCAGUGCCCAGGUCACUGGCCUGCAACCUAAUACCAAGUACCAUGUGACAGUUCGAGCCUACAACAGGGCAGGAACUGGGCCUGCCAGUCCCUCCACCAAUGCCACCACUAUGAAGCCCCCUCCCAAUCGGCCUCCAGGGAACAUCUCCUGGACCCUCGCCAGUUCCAGCCUCAUCAUUAAGUGGGACCCUGUCAUCCCUCAACGAAAUGAGUCUGCAGUCACUGGUUAUAAGAUGCUGUAUCGGAAUGACUUGCACUCGGUCCCCACGCUCCAUUUGGCCAACAAGAACUGGAUUGAGAUCUCCGUCCCUGAAGACUCCAGUCACGCUCUAGUGCAGAUUCGGGCCACGGGGCCAGGAGGUGAUGGAACCCCAGCCGAGGUUCACAUCGUGAGGAAUGGAGGCACGAGUAUGAUGGUGGAGAACUCAGCCGUCUGUCUGACCCCACAUCUGGGCACCAUUCUCUCCCAUUCCCUGGUGAUGCUGGCCCUCCUUGGCUACUUGGAGCUCUGA